AUGGCGGAAACCUCGUCAUUCAACGUGCCUGCUGGACAGACAAUCACCGUGAAAAUCAUUAAUCCCGUGAAUUUCGGACCAGCUCAGCUUCACAGGUUCAUGGCGCCGCCUGUGCCUGGGAUGGGAACACACCCAAGCAACCCCUCGUUUUCUUUUCUUCUAGAACACACUUCGGGUCGGAAGCUGGUUUUUGAUCUGGGCAUUCGAAAGGACUACCAGAACUACGCGCCGAAGGUUGCAGAAUACAUCCCCACAACAAAGUACAAGAUCGAAGUCACCAAAAAUGUGAUUGACAUACUCGAGGAGGAGGGGAUCAACGGAGACGAGGUGGAAGCAGUGAUCUGGAGCCAUUGGCACUGGGACCAUAUAGGCGACCCAUCCACGUUUCCCCAUACAACUGACCUCAUUGUUGGCCCCGGAUUCAAAGAUGCAAUGCUGCCCGGCGCACCUACAAAUCCAGAUUCGCCGCUUAGCGAGUCUGAUUACGCAGGGCGAAACUUGCGGGAAAUCACAUUUCAAGGACCCGAAUGCCUCACGAUUGGCCGAUUCCGAGCCUUUGACUACUUCGCAGACGGAUCUUUCUAUCUCCUCGACAGCCCCGGACACUCAAUCGGUCAUCUAUGUGGUCUUGCCAGGACAACUGUCAAUCCUGAUACAUUUGUCCUAUUAGGAGGCGACGUCUGCCACUAUGGCGGCAUUUUUCGACCAUCAAAAUACUUGCCUGUACCUGCUUCCAUCAAACCACAUCCAUGCCAUCCUCAUAGCGAGGUCGCAUUUUGCCCCGGCGGGGCUUGGGAGGAGCUCCAAACAUCGCGGGGCCGAGGCGUUAAUGACCCACUCUUCACUCCGACAUUCGGCCAUGACAUUCCUCAGAUUAUUGAAACUAUUGGGAAGCUACAGGAAGCGGAUUGCCUGGAAAAUAUCUUCGUUAUCAUAGCUCACGAUGCAACUGUGCGCGAUGCUGUUGACCAAUUUCCUGUUAGUUUGAAUCAAUGGAAGGAGAAGGGCUGGGCCAAGGAUCUCAAGUGGACAUUUUUGAGAGAUGCAGAGGAAUACUGGAAAUCCAAGGGCGUAAUCUGA